AGCUCACACUCCACACUCCAUCGGCACACUUCGAUCGGCAGCAAGCAAUGGACACGGCCAUCGACGGCUGGACCAGCUGCUCUCCUUCCCCGUCCACGCCCGAGCACGGGGCGGCGCACCCCAAGCGCCCCGCGGGGCGCACCAAGUUCAAGGAGACGCGGCACCCCGUGUACCGCGGCGUGCGGCGCCGGGGCAGCGCGGGCCGGUGGGUCUGCGAGGUGCGCGUCCCCGGCAAGCGCGGCGAGCGGCUCUGGCUCGGCACCUACGUCGCCGCCGAGUCCGCCGCGCGCGCGCACGACGCCGCCAUGCUCGCGCUGCGCGGCUGCUCGGCCUCCGUCUCCGCCCUCGCGAGCCUCAACUUCCCGGACUCCGCGUGGCUGCUCGCCGUUCCACCGUGGCUCGCCGACCUGGCAGCUGUCCGGCGCGCCGCCGUAGAGGCCGUCGCGGUCUUCCUGCGCCGGGAGGCCGCGGACUGCGCCGUCGCGGUGGUCCCCGUCGACGACGUCACAUUGACAGCGGCUUUCCCGUCGUCCGUGGACAAUGCGGACGAACUGUUUGUGGUGCCGACUUUCUCAGCGCUCGACAUGGCCGGCGACAUGUUCGAGCUGGACCUGUCCGGGGUAAUCGACUUGGACACGUACUACGCGGGCCUCGCGGAGGGGAUGCUCCUGGAGCCGCCGCCCACGCCGUACUGGGAGAGCAGAGAGUGCGGCAACGGCGAUGCCGCUCUCUGGAGCUACUGAUAUGGACGAGCUAUCUUCCUGUAGAUUUUUUUUGUUGUCUGGAAGAUCCUGUAGAUUCACCCACUUGUGCAACCAAUUGUAAUUGUUUCAAGCAUCA